UUUUUGACAAUUAUGUGGGUUUAUUGAUCAGUGAAAGUGGUCUGUUGAAGACGCGCGCGACCGCUGAGCCCGUUGCGCGUGCGCGCGCUCAACACCUGCUCCACCUGAGGCGAUUUAUUUUCUCCUGAGUAACAUGUUUAAAGACUUAUAAAAGAUGUUCGCGCAUUCAAAUAAUACUUUAAUACUGCGCUUUGUGAGGAUUUAACUUUGUGUUGGUGACGGUCAAACUAUCAUUGACGGAGUUUAUGAGAGAAUACAAUCACAUAAUACAUUUUAGUCUCAGAAAAGCGCUCAAAACACAAAAUCUGAAUCCAGAUUCAGGUCUCUUCGGGUUCUUGAAGAUCCAGCAGGAUGGUGGGCAGAUAAGUGGUGUGAUGAAGAGCGAGUGAUGAGCUGAAUGUGAGGAAUGUCCGUCUGUCUGCUGCUGGUCCUCUUCACACUGACCGCACACACUCAGGUGUCUUCUGGAAAAUCUCUGAAACUGCUACAGGAACAAUGGAGGAUCUACACCAAUGAAUGUGUUCAGAGCUUCAUCCACACGCCGCCAGCCUCAGGGCUGGUGUGUAACAGGACGUUUGAUCAGUAUGUGUGUUGGCCCGAUGGGCCUGCCGGCACCACAGUUAAUGUGUCCUGCCCCUGGUAUCUGCCCUGGUACCACAAAGUUCAUCAGGGGUUGGUUUACCGCGUGUGUGGCGCUGACGGCAGAUGGGCUCAUGGGAAAAACACCAGCGAGUGUGAGCAGGAUGACCCUGGACAGAAGCAGUACGGUCAGAUCCUCAGUAAGUUCAGAGCCAUGUACACCGUCGGAUACUCACUGUCUCUGGCAGCGCUAACUCUCGCACUGGCCAUCCUGGUCUCAUUCAGGAAGCUGCACUGCAUGAGGAACAACAUCCACAUGAACCUGUUCGGCUCCUUCAUCCUGCGAGCGCUCUCCAUCCUCAUCAAAGACGCGCUGCUGGACAGGAUGAACAGCGCUCAGAGCGGCCCGCAUCACUUCCAGGGUCAGCACUGGGUCAGCGUACAGACGGUGACUGGUUGCCGUGUUGCCAUGGUGAUGAUGCAGUACAGCGUGAUGGCCAACAACUACUGGCUGCUGGUGGAGGGCUUGUAUCUGCACAGCCUGCUGGUCAUCACCGUCUUCUCCGAGAAGAACUACUUCUACAUUUACCUCUGCAUCGGCUGGGGUGCGCCGCUCAUAUUUGUGUUGCCAUGGAUGACAGUCAAAUACCUGUAUGAAAAUGAAGAAUGCUGGGAAAGGAAUAUCAACAUGGGCUUCUGGUGGAUAAUCCGUUCUCCCAUUCUGUUCGCGUAUCUGAUUAAUUUCAUCAUAUUCAUUCGCAUAAUAAAGAUUCUGAUGUCCAAGCUGAAGGCGCAUCAGAUGAGAUACACCGACUAUAAGUUCAGGCUGGCGAAGUCCACGCUCACACUGAUCCCUCUGCUGGGAAUUCACGCCAUCCUCUUCACCUUCGUCAUCGACGAGUCCGUGCCGAAGGAGUCUCUUCUGAGGCUGAUCCGCCUCUUCUAUGACCUCCUGUUCAGCUCCUUCCAGGGUUUGCUCGUGGCCAUCCUGUACUGCUUUGUCAACAAAGAAGUCCAGAGCGAGAUGCUAAAGAAGUGGAAGAGGUGGAAACUGGGCAAGGACAUUGAGGAAGAGUACCGUCACACCCACAGCCAGACGCCCCAUGCCAAAAGUGGCAGCAUGGUCCCGGCGAUGACUCACGAAUGCCCCGACACCCCAGAACCGGCGACCACGGCCUCGGCGGAGUCCCAGCGUCUGGUGACGGGCCUUCAGAACGGGGUGAGCCGGAGCAGAGGCCGUGCCAGGCUGCAGUUGGCCUCCGAGCCACAGGAGGGCGCCAGUAACUGCAGCUCUCUGACGGAAGACAUUUGUCUGGAAGAGCGUCCCCUCAACAGUGAGUGCUCAGCGAUGGUGGCAGAAACUAACGUUUGAGGAACAAGAUGCUGACGGCUGUUCUUAACACUCAUGGAUCAAUGGAAAUGACGGUACAUUCCAGAUAGACUUAACGGCUUCUGUCAUGAGAGCGCAGGAAGCUGUGGGUCCUUUAAAAACAAACCGCAGCUGUCUCCUGAGUUGGUAAAUAACUAAACGGUAUUAGUUAUUGGUGCUUUCUAAGGCAAGCAGCAGUAUUUUUAUAGCUCAUACUUUAGGGAUAUGGGUUAUUUCUCUUUUGGCUGAGCAACCAUCUAGAAACCAUCCAAUUUGGUGUUGGAAAUACUGAUUACAUUUACAUUACAUUUAUGUAUUCAGCAGACGCUUUUAUCCAAAGUGACUUACAAUAGAGCACCACAUUCCUGGAGGCCCACCAACACUGGACAUUUUUGCAUGUCUCCUUUGUCUGACACAAACAUUUUAGAUCUUUGAGUCACUACUAAUGAGCUGAUGACCCUAAUCAGGUGCGUUUAAUUGAGGAGACAUGCAAAAUGUGCUGUGUUGGUGGGCCUCCAGGAAUGUGGUUGGUAAACACUGCAAUAGAGCAUAAGCAGUUCGCCACAGAGCCAACAAUGGGCCUCAUUCAUGAAACACGAGCAGGAUGAAUAUUUGUGUAGGAUCGUUCGUAAAGCUGUUCUGAUGUGAAUUUUCAGAUUCGUGAAAAUGUCUGCCAAUUCCACCAAGUGGUUAAAACGCAUAAUUUGUAUUCAUUACAAUGACUUUUAU